GACAGACAGAGAGACACUGACCAUCACAGCAGAAGACCAGUGGAUAUUAAACUACUUCAUAUCAGGGAGAAUAAUGGGACUGCACAGUGUUGAGGAACUGGUGUCUGGUAAGAGGUCAGAGGGCAAAGAGGCAGACAACUUCCAAGGUGGCGUGUACGAGGCGGGCGUGGAUCAGGAGAAGCAGGAUGAGCGCAGGUCCGACAGGGAGCUGGUGGGCGGAGCUCUGUCAGAGGAGAGCGACAGCGGCAGCGAGCACGAGGAAGUCAGCGUGGCAGCUCUUAAUACGGAUAAAAGCGGCCGGUUGAAGUUGGAGACGGUGGACGACCUGUUCAACAUCCUGCAGAUGAGGAAGAGGAGAAGGGAGAGGAAGGCUCCCGUCCAUAAGAAACAACAGCCCGAGCCUGAGACUGUGCCAGAGACUGUGGAUGAGCAGCUGUUUCUGACAGCAGCCAUGGAGAACAAACUGCCUGUUGUGGAGAAGUACCUGAGUGAUGGAGGAAACCCCAACGCAGCCGACCACUUCCAGAGAACAGCGCUGCACAAAGCCUCGUUCAAAGGACACGUGGAGGUGAUGAGAAGACUCCUGGAGGCCGGCGCUGCCAUCGAGAAAAAAGACAAGCUGGAGGCCACAGCGGUCCACUGGGCCUGCAGAGGAGGCAGCCUGCCGGCGCUGCAGCUCCUCCUCGACCAGGGAGCCAAGUUCUCCUACAGAGACAAGUUGCAGAGCACUCCUCUCCAUGUUGCUGUGCGGACCGGACACUGUGAUUGUGCUGAGCAUCUCAUCCACUGUGGAGCCGACGUCAACGCCAAAGACAGAGACGGAGACACGCCCAUGCACGAUGCCGUGAGAAUAAACAGAUUCAAGAUGAUUAGGCUGUUGAUGAUGUACGGGGCCAGCCUCAACACAAAGAACUGUGACGGAAAAACUCCACUGGAGACGCUGUACGCGUGGCAGAACGGAGCCAAGAGCCUCCUGUGUAACUUCAACAGCAAGGACAAGGCCAACCAGUGACCCGACAUUCCAGUAAAAGCAGGACUUCAACAUAAUAUCCAGCCACAUGAUCUACUGGCUCUAACCCAUUCUAGUCAUGUCCAUACUGCGGCUCACCAAGCACACGUCUGUUUUUAAAUAGCUGUUUAUCCAGCGAGGCUGCGCCAAGGGUUCACGUCACAUUCAAACUGUCUCGUAUGUUGACUGAGGUAUCGACCCCCUCAGGAAAAUAAUCUAAAGUUGGCUCAGCUGGAGCGUUUGGGUGCUGGAAGACAUCUUAACUAAUAGAGCAUCAGUCAUUAACUGGUUCAGGGAUUUGAACUAUACAAUACUGAACAAUAUUGGCUUUUGGCAAGGUAACAUUUUCACAUUUGGCGGCAGGAACUCGAAGGAGCCUUUUAAUUAACACUGUGAACUCUAAUCAGGAUGUUGUUAAUAAUGUGACCAUUAGCACCGAUAGAUUCAUUGAAUCGCCAAACUUUGCUGGACAAUGUCUCGGCUGACAGCAUGAAGAUGUUUUCUUCUUCUUUUUUUAAUUGCUACUUUAAGCUGAGUUUGAAGUCAGCGAUACUGCAUUGAGAUGUAUUUAUUGAUUAUUGACUUACUGUCAGCAACCAAUUUAUUGGGUUUGAUUGAUUUAUUUCAAUACUAUACACUUAAUAUCUGAGCUGAGUGACUGUCGAGUUAUACUGUGGUUGGUUUGGUGGAUUCCUUUGGUCAGGUUUGAACCAAUUAUAUUAAAUUAAAAUUUAUCAAUUUUCAUUUACUAACUAAUGAAAACAACUGGCACACUGUCUUCACAGUCCCAUUGGAUCAACAGUCUGUGGAUCGACUCCAGUGCCAAAAUACAUUUAAUUAAAGCUGCAAGCAGCGAUGAAUGGGCCCUCACCCCGGCACGUCGGGCGUACUGGCGAUUUAUAUUUAACCCUUGGGUUGUCUUCCUGUCGACGAUGCAACUUUUUGUUCUUCUGGGUCAACAUUUUAGUUGUUCGCAAUUUGUCACUUUUCCCGGUAUUUUUGUCGGUUUUAUGAUGUUUUUGUAGAUUUUUUUUCCGCGCUUUAUUUAUGUUUUCAUCUAUGUUUUUCGCUGCAUUUCUGAAGCUUUUUCCGGAAUUUUUGACACUUUUUUCAAUGUUCUUUUGUCAUUUUUUUUUCAAAUGCUAUAAAAUUGAAUAAAACACCCAAAUUCAAUGAAAGUAGUGAACUGAUCAGUUAUUUUCCUUGUGAAGAGCGUCAUAUGGAAGCAUCCACGUUAUUUUCUUUGACAAUUUGGUUGAAAGAAACCCAAAUUUGUGAUGUAGAAACUUUUUGAAAAUGGGUCAAAUUUGACUCGAGGACAACAGGAGGGUUACAUUUUAAACACAGCCUCAGAGGAGCAUGGGGAACAACUGGGCCGAGUUUCUUCUAAUUCAGAAUAACUGUUGCCCAGAUACGCAACACUUCCUGUUUUGACUGCCACCUUCAGGAAGUUGGUCCUCUAUAACUUGCGCAUUUUUUUUAACUAUCAAAAUUCUUUUGAUAACUUUUUGUUGUGAGGGUCCACCGUGUAUACAUGCAAUAUUUCGUGCAGUUCGGACUGAUGCCCUAAGAGGAGUUACAAAAAGUAGGUUUUGCAUACAUCGCGAUUUACCAAAUUAUUAUAAAAAAUUAAAACAGGGGCUGGUACGUGGUAGAGCGCGCACCCAUAUAUAGAGGUUUACUCCUCGACGCAGCUGCCACAGGUUUGACUCCGACCUGUGGCCCUUUGCUACA